UCAUUCUCUUCAUUUCCUCCAUGAGACAAAAGAAUCUCUCCUCUCCCAUUGAUCCAACCUCCCAAAGCACAGCAGAGCCCCGACCUCAGAUCCCCCUCCGGAAACCCUAGCGCUCAUCUUCAUCAUCAUGUGGAGAAGACUACUCUACAAUUCGCAGCUCCGAACCCUACGUUCCCGCCGAUCUGCUUCAACCGUCAAUCGAUUCGCCUCCUUCGACGUCUCCUAUUCUCCGCCGCCCUCCCGGCGUUCCAUCGCUCUAAUCUCUCGCCACUUCAGCUCCGAUUCCGCUGCAGAAAGCGUCGGUUCGAAGAAGAGAGUUGAAGAUGUGAUGCCUAUUGCGACUGGACACGAGCGCGAGGAGCUAGAAGCUGAGCUUGAAGGACGGGAACUUCUAGAUGUCAAUUAUCCAGUUGGUCCUUUCGGUACGAAGGAAUCACCAGCAGUCAUCAAGUCCUACUACGACAAAAGAAUUGUUGGAUGCCCAGGAGGUGAAGGGGAAGAUGAGCAUGAUGUUGUAUGGUUCUGGCUAGAGAAAGGCAAGCCACAUGAAUGUCCAGUGUGCUCACAGUAUUUCGUGUUGGAAGUGGUUGGUCCAGGAGGACCUCCAGACGGACAUGGUGACGACGAACAUCACUAAUUCAGUAAUUCCUGUUGCUGUUGGAAUAAAAUCUGGUGGAAAAGCAGGGGGUAGACCGUAUCAAGUAUAUUCUCCAACUUGACAAUUCAAAGGGAAUUGUGUUUUGUUUGCUCUAAAGAUAGUUGCCUGUGUCAGGCAUUUUAGUCUGGCUAUUUUUUCUUUUUUUUUUUUUGUUCCCGUCUUUGGAUAUGGAGACAUGGGGAUGGGGGGUUUGUCAUUUAUUGGAAUUGUGGAAUCCAUUAGUUUUCUUCAGGGGAGCACAAAUAAUUGUGGCCGCAGUUGGUUCUUCUUGUUAAGGAAAGGGGAUUCAUUGGUGGCUGUGGUUGUGGACCAAUUUUGCAACAAGAACAAUUAAUAUUGAGACCGGAUAUUCAAAAAUUAUUCCAAAUUUAUAUUA